CUCAAAUGUAGCUGUCAGAUUGAUGUGUAUGAAAUGAACAAAUAACCUCAAAUUAAAAAUACUAGAAAUACUUUGUUUCUCGAAUAGUCGUAUUUAUAACGAUGAUAUUAAAUUAUUUGCGGAUUUUCGGGCAUUCAAUUCAUCGAAAUGCUUUAACGGUGUGUUCAACGAGGAAAUUAUUUACAAAAGAAUUUCUAUGGGUAACUUAAUAUGAAUCACAGCGAUUGGAAGCCCUGAAAUUAUUUCAACCGGAUACAGUGUUGGAAACCAUUGAAUUCCAACUAAGGGCAAAAAAAUAGGGAAGAACUAAUUAAAAAUUUUAAACGAUGGAUUCAUGUGAUAGAUAGGUCACAAUGCAAGGAACACUUUCCCUUCCUGAUGGAGUGCUUACUAUUCAUUCGUGAUAAUCCGCAUCCUGAUCCAACUAAAAAAUUUACCUUUGGACCAGUUGUAAUGCGAAUGCUUCAUUCGCUAAAUAUGUCACAUGAAGCAAUAAACAUCGCUCACAAUUUUGAAACUGCGGACAUAUUUGAUGAAGCUUCUUCUCCAAUAAUUUUAUGCGAUUUACUCUUCAACAAUGGCAUGUACAACGAAGUGCUACGAGUAGUUCAGAGAAAAAAGGCAAUGAACGAAAAGAGAGACAUGAAGACAACACAUCUUUUAAACUGCAUCACGUUUGCCACAUGUUAUAAAUUGAAUACACAAGAUCACUUGUCGUUCGCAUUGGAGAUAUGGAACAAAUCAGUUAAGGAACAUCAACUCUCGGAAGCUUUCAAUUUCUUGUGUAUGAACGCAGUUAAUCUGGAUCAAGCCAAAAUAGCGCUGGAUAUAUUACCCGCCAACGAUUCAAAUUUCGCGGAAUUUGUAUUAUCGGAUUGUGGAAAAUAUGCGGAAGCAACACAAGUAAUCAUAUGCGUGUUGCGAAUAGAAUGAGAGAAAAUUUAAACAAAUACGACCAAACUGUAGAUGCGAAUAACUUUUAUAACUUACUGAACGAUGUAGAAAAUCGAGCCACAAAAAUUACUAUUGACGAAAUACUUUGUCGGCCCAUUGCUUUGAUUCCGAAGAAAGGUGACAAAUACGGCCAUAGUUCACUCAAGAGCAAAUAGAAUCGGAUUAAUUUUUAAAUAAAGAGGAAAAAGUUUUUGUUUGAAAUGUUAUUUCUUCUCAAUCGUCCAUAUUUGGUCAAGCAAAUAAAAACACAUCUAGUACUUUGAAA